CAUGAGAUCUGUACGGAUUAGGCUAUGUGUAGGGGAUUAUGGACGGCUACUUUGUGACUCUUGACAUGGCAGUAUCCAGCAUUAGUAAAGGCUGAUAUCUGGAUCGGUUUCCUUGCACCUGACCGCAUUAUGAGCAACAUACCGCAACAGAUUAAAAUAAGCGUUUCCUUAAAAACGACUCCGAAUAAUGGAGCCGUUUACUUUAAAGCGGACGGCACGAGAUUCGGUCAGAGCAGAACCAUCAAAUUAUUAACCGGGACCAAAUACAAGAUUGACGUGAUUGUUAAACCGGGAGCCGUCGAGGCGACAUCUAUGAGUGUUGGUGGGGUGACGUUUUCUCUGGAGCAGCAGUCCAAAGACCCCCAGUCUGUGGUAUACACUGGAAUGUAUGACACUGAGGGAGUAACACACACCAAAAGUGGGGAGAGACAGCCUGUCCAGGUCAAUAUACAGUUCGCUCAGGCCGGCCUUUUUGAGACUGUCUGGCAGGUCAAGUUCUACAACUACAACAAAAGAGACCACUGCCAGUGGGGGAACAGCUUCAACAGUAUUGAGUAUGAGUGUAAACCAAAUGACACGCACACCCUGAUGUGGAUAAAUAAAGAACUUUUCCUGUAGAAAAUAUUACACAUCUCCACGUGCAAUGGUUGUGUGCAUCCCAGCAAGUGCUGAUGACCAACAGAUGUCACAACUUGCACAUCAUUUCUACAUUAUGUGGUGACUCGUGCACAUGAUAUAUUGCUCAUACUAAACCAUGAAUUCUUAAUCAUACAGAUUUGUAAAACAUUGACUGCUUAUUUCCUAUACAUUGUGUUACUUGUAGCAUAUACUAUGACACACAUACUGUAUGCAGAAAACAAAAAAUGACGGAAACAAAAGGGAUAUUUUUGUAAUAAUACAGUUUAAGACAUAUUUUUGAACAGUAAUGGUAAUUAACAUUCCAAUGGAUCCCGGAUGUCUGUGAAACUGGGAAAGAAGACAUUUUAUUAAGGAAAAAUGGCUGGGUUAUUUUUUUACCCAUAAUGGGUUAAUAUUGGACAGAACACACCGCUGGGUUAAAAUUGACCCAAUGCUGGGUUGGUUUAACCCAACUGCUGGGCUAUUAUACACCAUGCAAACAUUGGGUAAUUUUUAACCCAGCAUGUGUUCUGUCCAAUAUUAACCCAUUAUGGGUCAAAAAUAACCCAGCCAUUUUUUAAAGAUGAGCUAGAAACCACACUACUGAAUCAAAUCCUUCUUUAUAAAAAAACUCAAUAAGGAUGUAUCUUUAGUCAUGUGUUUAUAUAAAGUAACUUUUGAGUUUUUGUUGAAUAUGUCUUGGAUUUGAUACAAAAUGGUUGCACUUUAUGAUGUUUCUUGUGGUGUUGUCUAUUGUUUGCCUACCUCUAAAAACCUUGUAAGGAUGUUUACAGAAUUUAGAAUAGAAGUUGUUAUUCAAGGUAGCAAGUUUACAGUAAUAUUUUUACAUGUAGGCUAAAUGAAAACACUUCCGAUGUUUUUUAAUGGUGUUAAGUCAUAAAUAUGCAAUAAUUGUGUAUAUUCAGUACAGUAUAAUUGUGUAAGUUAGUACACUUGUAAGCUUUUGUACGUUAGAUGUGUUUGUAUAUUGAUAUUGUAUUUUUCAGAAUUGCAACAUAUAAUGUAUAUGAAAUCAACUAAAUGUGAUUCGGUCUUGGAAAACCCAUCACAUAGUGAAAUUUGACCAUUUUAGGUUUUGAUACCAUAUUAAAGCUGGGUUCAAGCACUUCAAAUCUGAUUCAGUUUCUUUUUA